GAUCAAAUGCAAGGGCUGUGUCAAAGAAGCGAUCAAGUGCUGGGAUGUUGAUAGUGUCGCAGAGUUAACUUUGAUUUAGUACAUAGCGGUAUAAUUGAAUGUUUGGUACGAAAUGACAUCAGCGAGAGCUAAGGCACUGGUCGCUUCAUGUAAAAAUAACCCCGAAGUGAGGUUAUUGCCGUCGCCUGUGUGUGCCAGAACUUCUCCAAACACUGAGUGUUCACCUGUUUCAUCGUGGUGGGAUGAUGUAUUUGAUGCCAGUGACAUACAAAAGCAUCAUCUUCCCCAUCGCUUUUGUCAUCCAACUGCCGUUAAAAGGAAACUUUCCUUCUCUCCGGACAAGGCAGUUCAACCAGCGGGAGAAGAAGUUGAUGACAUCCACAAACCUCCACAAAUAACUACAGCAGCAGUUGGCAUCAACAAUUCUAUGUCUACGCCCAAAUUUGCUCACAUCCUGUGCAACAGUGUGAACUCGAAGAAACCGCGGUAUCCAUCUCAGCAGCCAUCGUACGAAGCAAAACUUGCUCUUAAUGCAGGCAAAGAGCAUAUGAACUCUUCUGGAAAAAUUAGGAGAGCCCGUUGUCCGCAGCCUGCUUGUAAACUUAAAUGUAAGCGUUGCUCAAGCCCAAGGCUUACAGAAGAGGAAAGACUCUUAAUUUCAAAACAAUUUUGGAAUCUGCAGAACCAUGAGCAACAAUGGUUGUUUAUAUUUAAGUCAAUUAAAUUAACUGCUCCAAAGAGAAAAACUUCUAUGAAAGGAGCCAAAGGAGAGAAACUUGUUAACAGAGAAUACUCUUUCUGCAUAGAUAAAGAACAAAAAAAAGUUUGUAAAACUAUGUUUAAAACUACAUUAAGUAUAUGUGAUUCCUGGAUUGUCAAUGCCUUGUCACAUUGCUGUGAUGACCUAGUAAAAAUUCCAGACAAUCGAGGGAAGCACAAACAUCAGUUGGCGGCACAUCAAGGACCGUAA